AUGUUAGCUGCUCUCUCACUUCUCUUUGCCAACUCUUCCUGCAAUAUUUCCCUUUCUCAAGUAGUCAUACUACGUACUACGCAAGGCUUCCUAGCUAUGUCGGGCACGGAAAUGGUUAUGGUAGAUGAAAUCCCUUUUUCUCCACAGAUAACAAUUGCAACCAAGCCCUUGUCUUUGCUUGGUCAUGGAAUUACCGACAUUGAAAUACACUUUCUCCAAAUUAAGUUCACUGCAAUUGGAGUUUACUUGGACCCUGAAAUCGUGGGCCACUUACAACAGUGGAAGGGAAAACCUGGAAAAGAGCUAGCAGAAGAUGAUGAGUUCUUUGAAGCUCUUAUUGCUGCUCCAGUUGAGAAAUUGAUAAGGGUCGUGAUCAUUAAGGAGAUCAAAGGCUCACAAUAUGGGGUGCAGCUAGAGAGCGUCGUAAGGGACCGAUUGGCAGAGGCUGACAAAUAUGAAGAGGAGGAGGAAGAAGCCCUGGAGAAAAUUGUUGAAUUCUUCCAGUCCAAGUAUUUCAAGAAAAACUCUAUAAUCAAAUUUUAUUUUCCAUCAACUUCACCUACAGCCGAGAUUGUUUUUGCCACUGAAGGGAAAGAAGAGUCAAAAAUCAAAGUGGAGAAUCCAAAUGUUGUGGAUAUGAUCAAGAAAUGGUACUUGGGUGGAACAAGAGGGGUUUCACCUACCACCAUAUCCUCCCUAGCUAAUACCAUUUCUGCCGAGAUGGCUAAGUGA